GAGGGAAUGGAGAAGAUGGGUGAGGGAUAGACUGUGUGAAGAGCUGGAGGAUGGUAGAGGGACUGUGGGAGAGAGAGAGUGGGCGGAAGAGGGAGAGAAAUAACGAGAGAAGAGAGAAAAGGAGUAGGAGGAUGGUAAAGGAAUAAGAGAAACGGAUUUUGAAGUAGGGGAGAAACUAGACGAAGAGCCAAGCGGCACCAUAUUUUUACAGAUAUAUAUUGUAUAUAGUGGCAAAUUCACAAGAUAAGAUUAGAUAACAGUUAUAAGUCAGGUUUGAUAGAGCUUCGAAGUUGUCGUGCUUUUUAUGUUCAUGAAAUUGCCGCUAUAAUUAUGAUCAAAGCUGCCAUGUACAACUAUUUAUUUGCGUACAGUUUGCCUAUAAACCUACCGCAUAGCAUAUCAAUAGAGUGUAAUAUAAACUUCACAUGAUGUGACGGAAGAACUGAGAAGAACAUUUUUCAUAUCUUUAUGUCAUGUUUUUAUCCUCAGAUAUUUUACAUUACAUUACAGAUAUAGCUGCUAUGGAGCCAUAUAUUUCAGAGAACGGCUUUCAUCUUCUAUGAUGGAACUACUGGGAGACUAAUGUAAUAAUUAACGUCUGCAUAUGAGGAACCAGUUGAACACGAGUUGAGCGCUUAUCCCAACUGAUGAAUUGUAAAGCUACUUACAGUUGGACAAACGUAAUGCUGGAUCUUAUCUCUUCUUAAACCCUAAUCCACUUUCACAUAAUGAGGAAGUGCGGCAGGGUUUUCACGACGCAUGUCAAAACGAAUGACGAUGGAACAGUUUGAGGAGCAUAUCCAUAAACUCGUUAGAACUUGAGACAGAGAAAGCAAGCCUUACCAUAUCUUACCAUUGUUUCGCCUGCAUCUUAUUCAGUGUGAAUUUAACAUGGAUGUACCAAGUGAGUUUCUGUUUAAUUUGUUUUGUUGGAAUCCUGAAAAUAGUUUUAAAUCCUCAAGCUUGCCCUUCAGUACAUAACUGGAGAUCGCUUUGAACUAUCGAUGAAAGCCAUUCUGGGACACAAUUGGGCAGAAAGGCCCAGAUGAAAACCAAGAGAAAUGUCUGACAAUCAUCUUUUUUCUCCAUUUAAAAAGACUCAUUAAUGAUCAAUGGCACUUUGUUUGGAUUCUGAGCCACCACUUUCUACAAUGUCCAAGUGUUGGGAUUUGUAAGGGAGAUUUAUCUUAAGGGACGCUGGACUACCAAAAGCACAAGAAUAAUACAUUCGGUUCCUGUAACGUUAAUGCUCCUCUUAGGCAUACUGUGUAGACAUAACGGUUCACCUUAAGCUAUUAAAUAUGGAACUGAGACGAAGAAAACAACUCAAGAGUAAGGGCACUCAUCAAUGUAUGUAUACAUUAUGAUAUUCUGGCAUAAAAUUAGCGUGUGACAUGGCAGUAUCAUUAUCUCGCUCAGGUGUGGGUUGACAUUUGCAUAAAGACAAACCUCCUGGACUGCUUUUUGAAUCUCCAUGUUGAAGCCAUGUGUAUAUGCUGUUAAAAAAAAACUGAGACUCUACGAAACGUCUGAGGAUACGGGCAUGCCAAAACAGCUAACCUGUAUUUUUGCUGUUACUGAGAUAUGAACACGUCAUACCUGAUAUUGUCAUAACCAAUAACGCUUAUCAAUAUUAAGGGCUAUACAACACACAUGCGUUAGUGGUACAGAUGUUACCCACAGCUUACUCGUUAUUCAGUGAUAAUAAUCUCAUUAUUUACGAAAAGAUAUUAAUGUAGUAAGUAAAUAUUACAAUGAAAAAUGUAAAUGUGAGAUUGUUCGCAAACAAGCCAGAUUCUGAUCUCUGAGAAAUAGCGCAGGUGUCAGGAACUCAUCUUACCAAUGAAAACUAAUGAAUUUACAUUGUAAAACCACCAACUGCUCAUUUUCUUUUUUUUUUUUCUCUCAUAGACUUUAUACCUCUUGGUUAAUUUUCAGUGUAAUGAAAUUGAGCGUUAUAAGUUGCGGACUAUUUGAAUAUAUAUGCCUCCCAGUAAAAGUGUUAAGGAGUAGUUUUUUAUCACAUCAGCAUCAGGAGGAUCGGUGGUAACACAUUCAUUUAACUUUUCACUGGAACUAGUGUGUAUCUUAAUGAAUUAUGAAUACAACUUAAAGACAAUCUUCCUAACAGCUCUGUAAUACAUUGGUGUUUGUUAUUGUCAUUACUAUGACAGUUAAUAUUAUGGUUAUUGGUGAAAUUUCUUCUUGUUGUUAUGGUUAUAUUAUGAUUAUGAUGGUGAUUUUUUUCCUCUGUGGUUUUAGUGUUAACUUGUUUUAGAUAUCUUUCUCAUGAAAUUCUUUUGAAAUUAUGAGUAGAAAAUAGAAGCACAAAGUUUAAAGCCACUCAUUGUUUGCCAAUUCUUCAUGCAUUCCUAAUGAUGAGGAGUGCCUUCGAAAAUCUCUCAGUGUGAUGUCAUAUAGUAAUUGUUCUAAGCCUGCAAAUGCCAUUACUUGUUGCAGAGACAUCACAAUGGGUUUAUAAAUGAUGUCAUAGGAUGUAUGUCGUAUGUGUGUAACCGAAUGUCUUCUUUUUGUUAAGUGAAAUUUCAACUUUUUAAUGUUUCUUUCAGGGACAAUUAGAACAGAUGACUCGAUUUAGUAUUUUCUUUGUCAUAAAAAGUCUGUAGCAAUGUCUGUUUUGUAUCCACAAGCCAUAAUUAUGAAAAUGUUUAUGGAAUUUAUUCACAAGGCAUAUUACUGCAGAAAAUAACGAACAUUGGAUGUGCAAAUAAAGCCCUGAAGCAUUUUAAAAGGUUGGUAGCCUACGAUGGUUGCACACAAGCAAAGCAGGACAAUGAAGACCGAAUGAGCUCAUGUCUUGAAAUAUUUAAGCACAGUAAAUCACUUGAUGUUUACAUCUAUUUUACUAUCAUAAGAAAUGCCCUCCCACCACAUAUAUAUACAUAUUUAAAAUCUUUCCAAGAUUAAGUUUCACCUUUGUAAAAUAAAGUCAACUGAUGAAACUGUUGCCUUGAAUGUCUCAUGACACACCUAAGAGAGACAGAACAUUUAAAUUAUUCAUAAUGUCGUCAUUUACUAUAUUAUGUUUACAAUCUUAUCUUCCAUGAUGCAUCAGACUGGAAAUAAGACUAGCAAUUCCAAGGCAGCCAUUUUGAUAAGGACCAGCCUUUGAAUUUGAGCUGUCAGUAUGUAAUAAAAUGGCCACUAUAAGAGCUUCUAAGAUACAAACAUAAUGCUAAAAGAAUCCUAGAAUAAAUGGAUAGCACAUUUAGCAUAUUAUGUCAGAAUUAUAUUCGCCGCGUUGUCAUUCGCAUUUACCUCAGAAUUAGCUAUUGCGAGCUCGCUGACAUUUGACUGCACAACAACAACAACAACAACACUGAAAACACUUUAACGCUAGCUAACCGCAGCUAAAAACAAACGAACCACAUCGUUAUUAGUGACACUAUAUUUUAAGACGCUAAUAUUCGGAAUACACUAGUUUCACACGAACGCUGUCUCGACCGCAAAUAAAAAAAACAAACAUAACGGGCAGAUAACGGGGUAGCCGGAAGUGUUCCAAGGUCCGGAAACGACCAAUGUUAAAAUCUCCCACGUCACUCGCUCUUUGUAAAACACCAACAUAGACCGUCCAAAAUAUUUUAGCCGACAUCAAAAGCAAACGCAAAAUAAAAAGUUAUCGGUCGUAAUACCGUUUGAUGCAUUUUUCACAGGAUAUAAGUACGAUAAGUGCAUCUGUUUUGCAAUAUAAGGGACACUCGGUCUCAUGCUAUCGCAGCACGGUUGCAGUGGAAACAGAGUCUGCUAACUAGCUGUAGCUAGAAGGCUAACCACUGGAAAACAGCGCAGAGCUGCUGGGGUACAUGAACGAGGGGGGCAGGGUGGGAGAGAGUAUAGCAGGCCCUGUUCAUCUUGACCAGGCUAAAAGAUGGAUGCGUAGUGAGAAGAGGAGUGGCAGAAAGAAUUUUCACAGCCCUCAAGAAUGAUAGUGGAGGAUUUUGCUUCCAGCUAUGGAAAAAAUGAAAAACAUACUAUUUGAAACUUGGAAACGGAGAUGUAAGCUACUUUUGUCAGAGUGGAUUAAGAAUUAAUAGAUACUGAAUGUAAUGAAACCAGCCCAUGGGAUUUGGAGGGAUCCAUCCUACUGUGGGAUGGUCAUCAACUAAAAAAUGUAACCAAGCAAGUGGAAAUUUUUCAAUGAACUCGGACUACAUUAAGCACUUUUAGUGCACUUCCCAAAAUGUGAAAACAUAAUUGCAUCUCGUGCAAUUGUGGCAUUCUUUUACCAGUCCGUAUGUCUUUGCACUUAUGGAACGCUCAGACUGAAAUACUGAAAUCAAAGUUGAAUCAUCCAAAAUAACUGUGAUUAUAUGGAAUCCAAUGUGAAGCCAAAAGGGAGUCGAUUUUGGUCAUCUCAUAAGUGACAAAUCCAGUUGAACAACAGCUUUUUGCAGAAAUUACAAAUUCAUGGUACAAUCAAUGCAAAAAUGGCCUCGUCGACUACUUGCCCGAAGAGUGAGAAUGUGAGGGCCCGCUUUAAAUGAAGCAACACCAGUAGCAUAAGGAAAAUGUGAGGUAACACUUUUUUGAAAGUGCUUCUGCUGCCUCUGACCACAACUCAGUAGAAGAGCAUCACAGAAAUAUUGUUGCUGCUCAGAGAGCAGAAGGUGUUGCCACUGCGCACCCAUGUUUCAGUAACUGGGAGAUGUUCCAGUUUGGCAAAUACAAUGUGGACAUCAUAGAGAUGCUGAGUGGACACCAAUCCCAUCAGUUCAAAGGUCUUGGAUUAGAGCGACAACUUCAACACCAACAGCAAGUGCAGCUUCACCAACACCAGUUACAGCAGCAGCAACAGCAGCAAGGUGAGACAUCUGGGUCGAUUUUGUCUGGACUUGGCUUAGGCCCACUACAAGCAUCUAGAGGCAGUGCCUUUACAGAUUCUGCAUCAAUUUUUGCAAAAAUGAGUGCGCCUCCCCCACCUCUGCAACAGCAAUCCCUCUCUUCAUCUUCUCAAAGUUUGAGGAAAUCCAGCAAGAUGUCUGGAAGCAGUAGCAGUGGUGGAAGUCAUGUGAGUGGAUACCCCCAGUUUUUGCGCUCAUUCCACCCAACCGAGGCAACCCUUGCACAAGAGCAGUUACAUUCAGGAGUAGGGCGAUUUGAUCAUUUUGCCAGCAGUAGUGGAAGCGGAGGAACUGCAGGGGCAAUUGGAGGACUGGUUUCAUCUGUCCCACCACCACCACCCCCAUUGCAUCCUGGUUUGUCAGUACCCCAGGCCUCUCCUGGUCCUCCGUCCUCCUCCCCAUCUCCUUCAAGUUCUGUUGCAACUUCCAAUAACCCUUCCAGCAGUAGUGCAGUAACUACCUUUAGUCAUCAGUUGGCAGGAUCUCAGUCUGACGCCCGAAGCCUACAUCAACAGUUUAGCUGCAUGUUAGCCGCAAAUCAGUAUUUUCUUUCUGGAGUACCAGCCAAUUCUAGUCUAGAACAAUUUUUAGUUCAGCAAGGCAGUCAUAACCAUCUAGGUCUCGGUCUGGGCCAAACUGCAGGAGAAACGGGUUCAGCACUUGCGCCACCCCCCGCUCUUCAUUCUUCACAUGCUCAUGGUCACUCAACUACUCUAUCACAGCCACAACAGCCACCAUCACAACAGCAGCAACUACCACCUCACACUUUGUCUCACCCUCACCCUCACCCACAUCCACACCAUCCACUGCACUCCUCAUCGCAACCUUCUUCACUCGGUGGUUUUGACUUUCAAGGAAUCCCAGUGCUCUCCUCCAACCAGCUAGCAUCUUUGAUGCAGCAGGAAGCUGGUUUGCCACUUCCACUUCCUCUACAUCUGUCUUUGUCAAAAGAGGAGGGAAAAGGGGAUAGCGCUGUUGGAGGAAGUGGUGGCGGAGGAGGUGGUAGGAGAAAAAAAGCCAUGGCUGGCUACCUGCCACAGAGAAAGACUGAAAGCAGCAACAACAAUAGCAGCAGCAGUCACAACUCUACAAACCCUAACAGUAGCACUUCAGGGGGACUCAACCAGGAGAACACACCAGGCUUGGAUGGAGGUGGGGGUGUUAGUUUGUCAGGCAUUGGCGGAGACCCUUCUUCCCACCUAACCUCAUCAUCCUCUACUUCUGUUGUCUCGUCAUCCUCUUCUGCAUCCUCUUCUAUAUCAGCAUCAGUCUUGGUGACAAAUGGCUCCAAAACAGACAACCAUGGUUCCAUGCCACCUCAGUCUCAGCCUGAACAAGAACCCCUUUAUCAUUGUGGCGAGUGCGGCAAAACUUUCACACAUCUCUCUAGUCUGCGCAGGCACUUACGUAGUCACGAAUUAACCACAGCUGGCACAAGUGGCACGAGAAGUAACAUUUUAAACCCAAUUCUGCAUCCUUCCGACCCAAGUAUUCCCCACUCUACUCAAGAUAGUGCAGCCUCAUCUUCAUGUGGCAGUCCUGACAAGACUUUCCAUUGUUCCGAGUGUGGAAAAGGUUUCAAGAAAAAGGGGCACCUACUUCAACAUGGUGUCAUCCACUCUGGCGCACGGCCCUAUGCCUGCACUACUUGCAGUCGUGCUUUCAAUCGUCGUGAGUCACUCACCCGCCAUGAAAAAAUACAUGAAGAGAAACCAUUCCGCUGUCCAGCUUGCGGUCGCUGUUUUCGGGAAAGUACAUCCCUUUUGAACCAUGCAGCCUCGGGCACCUGUGGCAAGUCAGGCCGUACACCAAGACCUAAGCAUGAAAGUAAUAUAGAAAGCAAGAGCAAUAAAGCUGGGGGCUCCCAAGAUGGAAUAGCGACUAAUGCAGCGGGUUCUUACCGGAGUGAUGAUUUCAGUGAUGACUACAAGGACCAGCGCUCUCAAAGUAACUUGUAUUCUGGAACAACCGCAUGUGGUGGUGGCAGCAUGACAGGGCCUGCACUUAGGAAGGCGCCGUUAGCUCCCACUCUGCAUCCACACCCACAAAACCAAAGCCAGCCGCAUCAUCAACAGCCACAUCUCCCACUUUCAUCCCUGCUAGAGGAUUCUGAAGAUGAUGUCACUAGCUCCGUCAACAGUGCCAUUUCUGCUAUCACUGCUGCAGCUGCGAACUGUAUGAGUGGUGAUCUUGCCCAUAGUGGAGGUAGAGGGGAUGAUCGAAGGGAUAUCAUUGGAGGUUUGCUUGGAGGUCUGGGUCUAGGGCCUCUUGCCCCGCCUAGUGGUCCGUUAUCAACAUCUGGCCUGGAAAAGUCCUAUAGAGGAAGUACUAACCCAAGUGCAGUGGCCCUCAACCAGCAACCAAACCAGCAGACGCCUGGUGGAAAGCCCAAGCGCCCUCGUAAGCCCCGUAAGAAGAAGGAACCCGGUGUGAUUGGUGUUGAGCCCCCUAAAAGAAGGCAGUCCUCUCACAGACCAGGAGGGCCCGGUGGUGACGUUAGACCGUAUUUGUGCAGCGUCUGUGGUCGAGGAUUUGCAAGAAGAGAGACCUUGCGGAGACACGACAGAAUACAUACUGGAGAAAAGCCUCACCAUUGCACCGUGUGUGGCAAGUACUUCAGAGAGGCAUUUCAUCUUAGCAAGCACCACACUGUGCAUUCUGGAGAGAAGAACUACAAAUGUAUCCUGUGUGGAAAAGACUUUGGAUAUGCUCAGAGCCUUAAAAGACAUGGCAAGCUACACCAGAAAGGAGAAAUGGAAGAAGUGCCAACAACGCCAGGUGGGGAAAACCUUAACAGCUAUCCAUCCUCUGGUGGCAGCUUGAUUCAAGGGGGUCAAAGCAGCUCUUCAUCUUUCUAUUCAUACACUCAAGAUGUCAAACCACAGACAUCAACCACUCAGCCUCCUCCUAGACUGUACACAUGUGCUAUAUGCUGGAAAUCGUUCCGCCAUCACUUUCACUUAACGGCACAUCACCAAACUGUUCACGAGGGUGGUGGAGAAAAGCUAUUUUCUUGUGAAGUCUGUGGUAAGGCUUUUGCAUACUCUAACAGCCUUACCCGACACAAGCUUUCUCAGCAUGGCUUAACACGGACUGGCCAGCCAGUUGCUCAAAGGAGCACAGGGGAAGAUAACAGUGUUGGUGGUUCGAUAUCGGAAAGCGAAGCUGCUACAAAUGCUUUGCUUCAGCUUGCGCCACCUAGUGGCACACAUGUCGAACAACAUGGAGUUCUUCAUAGCCAGCAGGCUCCUCCCCAAACACAAGCUGGCUACUCCCCUCUGUUCUAUUUACCCGAUACCAAUGCUGCACACCCUUCUUCGUCUAAUGCCUCCUCUUAUUCUCAUUCUCUGCCGUCAACUUCCUCAGGGCCUCUUCUUUGUAACCAUCAGCAUCAACACACUGGGAUAAAGGGUGAACCCAUUUAUCACAGUGGUCACGGGCAUACUCUUACUCCAAACAUACCCGUGCAUUCCCUCGUGUUGCCUCCAACAGAGCCACAUCAGCAACACCACAAUUCCCAGCAGCAUUCUGCUGAGAUUCAAUCUACACAACACCACACUUUUCAAAGCCAAGAGGAGUUGAGGAGAAGGAAGAAAAAAAAAAAAAGACGGCAAGAGAGAGAGGAGAUAGGCUACAAAUGGACCCCGGCUGCAAAAGUAGAGAGAGAACAGGUGGAGGUCCCCCUUGGGGAAAGGCAGAGAAAUGAGAGAAGAAAACUUGUUAAGAGAAAAACGAGAGCAAUUCACAGGACGCAACAUAAAAUUAAGAAGCGCAUGGCCGUGCUCGUGAGGAUCAGACGUGGAAGUGGAGGUAGCGCUGUGUAUGAACUGGGCCUUCCAGGCGGACUGAAGCUUAACAGGCUUCGUUCUCUCAAAGUUCCUCUGAAGAGAAAGUCCUGUCCCCUUUGCCUUGGUGCUACCUUCUCUCAACAGGUAGCCCUCAAAGUUCACAUAGCAGCUAGACAUUGUCCCAAAGUGAGAGGCCUUCAGCAUCGUUUGAAAUGUCCAGUUUGUGGAAAACAGUCUCGCAAGUUCCUCUCAGCUCUCAUUCACAGAAGCUCCCAUUUAGCCAACAGAGCAUUUUCUUGUAAACAUUGUCCCUGUCGUUUCUGGAACGCUAUGCUGCUCACACGGCACAAGAAGGUGUGUCGAGGGACGUUGGCUAAGUUUCAAAGAGAUAGGGCUCUUUGUGUUAAAUUAGUCAUGGGAUCAACAUACAGGAGGUUUGAGUGUAAAGGGAACUCUUCAUCCUUGCAUAUGGAAUAUAGUCACUAAGUUUUGCCGUUAAACUCAUUUUCAUAUGCACCUUGAGAAGAGAAGUGUUGCGAUUUUCAUGAGAGGAACCGAGAUACCUGACUGAAUACUAAAUCUAAUGCUCAUGUAGGCAUUGACUUGUGUGUUAGGAGAGCUUUUUCUUUUCUCUUUCAUUCAUAUUAAAUUUCCUCUGGUAACUUGGACCCCUGAAAAUGAGCACCUUCAACAAACUCACAAAUGUAUCAAAGACAUUUGUUUUAAUGAAAUGCUUAGCCUACCCAUCUAUCCAAUUCCACACCGGUCUUUUAAGAGGAAACUCUUGUUCAUAUUGGCUGGCAAUAGAUGAAGUUUCAGUGAUUUGGCAAAUAUUGUACUGUGCCCUAACAGUAGGCUAUUGCUCACCUCAACAGAUGCUCUGUAGAAUUAUUCUGUCUCUGAUAUAUAUUGUGUUGUUGGUGUUCACUUAGAGCAAGUGUGGAGAUGUGAUUUUGUUCAUGUAAAAAGUGCAUUCAGUAUCAGGAUGAGAAAAAAGGGUCCUGCUAGGAAGACGAGUAUUUUAUUUUAAGGAGUAUUUAAAUUACUGCAUGUGUUGAAAGGUCAACUUGAGUGAUGAUGGUUACACGACAAAUCGAAUUGAAAAUGUAUCUUAACUCUUACUAGAGAAACCAUAAGAAAUUAAUGCGUAAUAAUAAUACAUGCUGUUUAACAAUCCCUAAUAUCAAAUGUGAGCCCUGUUUUGAUUUAUUUACUGUUCUUAAAGAAAACUACCAUUAAGAUGGUAACGCCAGCACUUAAACAGGAAAAAUCUGAUUUUUCACAUAACCAGUCAAAGGACAAAAAUGUAAUACUCACAGAUGAUUGCCCUAAAGGCAAAAAAAAAAGCCUUACCAAAUUGUGACAGUUAAAACAAUGUAGCGUCUAUGUAUAGAGCUUAAGGGAGGAAUGGAACGAAAUAUGUGUACUGUACUGUAAAUUGUGUCAAUAUUUUAUUAUGUUUUUUCUAAGCAAAAGUCAAUUAUCUUUUUAUCAUAGCUACACUUCAGGUAGUUGGAAGAGUGAUUGUAAGAGUUAUCACUUUAGAUCAGGUCUUGAUUAAGUGUAUUAAUGUGUGACACAGUCUGUCCACUUGCCAACUAUGAACGUAUCCCAUGUACUUUUCUCACCUUUUAUGUAGAGAUGCCAUACUACUUAUAGCCUCUCUUUUUCUUUAAAAGAAGAAAAGUAAUAAGUAUGUUUCUAUCACUUUAUUUACACAUGAUAAGCUGGUUGUUGAUGAUACCCAAGCAUUUAAUAAAAUUUUAAAAUGUUAUAUCCUCAUUAA